AUGUGUCUUCGGGUACGACGCCGUGGUCUACUUUGGGUCGGGCUCCCAUGUAAUUCCCAUACCUUUAUGUCCUCAAGCUUACACAAACGGGGAGAAGAACGCCCUUUUGGGGAUGAAACUGUUGGGUUCGUGGUUCAAGGAAAUGAGCUGGCCUACAGGACUGGAUUACUUAUUUGCCUAGCUUUGGCAAGGCAAGUACUUUGGUUGAUAGAAAACCCGGGAAAUAGCAAGUGUGGCUAUCUUCCAGUUCUGGAGUUCCUGUUGUCCCUGAAGCACCUCCUUGGCUCAUCCCGGACUGGAUGGUGGAUGGGAGCUUUUGGUGGUUGGUCAUUGAAACGUGAACUUGGGUAUGGCAAUCUGCCUUAUAUGCACCUGCUCUCGGAGCCCAUGACGAGGGAACUACGUGAGGUCAUCAAAUGUCGGAAGGAGAUACUCAACAAGUCCAUGGUCAAGGUUGCCAUCUCUAAGCAAGGCAAAAAGACUGUGAGUGGCAACAAGGUGGAUAUGCGCAGUUCUGCAUCGUACCCUCGGCUCUUCGGCUCGAGGAUUGCUGAUCUUCAUGUGUCUUGGAUGGAGAGUGAUGCGCCCCUUCCAGAUCUCACAGCAUUGAUUUCUGCUGGCUUCCACGAAGUGGAUUGGAGCAGGGCCAAUUUGGAGCCAAUCCUCACUUUGGUCAAACACGCUGUGGAGCAGGGUGAGUUUGAGGAGGAGGCGGAGGAGAUGGAGGAGGAGGAUGCGGAGGCGGAGGAGGCUGCAAAGGCACCCCCGAAGAUGAAAGUUGCUGCGCCUCCUGCGGGGAGCAAGGCGCAUUCGUCUGCUGACCACUUCGACGAGGAUGAGGAGAUGAGGGCUUUUGAGGAACGCUUGGUGAAAACAGGUAUUCCGGAUGCUGCUGCGAAGACUCCAGCUGCAGUGGCAACCCCUCAGAAAGCUAGGAAGAAUGUGACUCCAAUGAGCCCUGCACCUAGGGAUGAAGCGAAAGGAUCUAAGGUUAGAUCUAAGCCAGCAACCCCGUUGAAAAAUGCAACCCCUGUCAAGAGCCCCGAAACCAAGAAGACCAAAGUCAGCAGUCCUCAGCGUCUGGUUCAGAUUCAAGACACCCAAGAGCAAGAACCUGCAGAAGAGAGCCAGCGACCAGAUGACCCAAUGCAAGUUGAGAUUGAGCAGGCCGAUGACACUCCGAAAGAUGUUCCGACAGAGCCAACUGUUGCUGAUCCCGAAAGCAAUGGUCCUCCUGUUCCUCCAGCUGAGAAAGAACCAGGUGCCUCAAUUCGCAGAACCGAGACCACGACCACCAUCCCUGACAUGGGGCUUGAAAGUCACUUGUUCAUGCGACAGCUUGCUGGUGAACAUGACGUGCAUGACAGGGAGGUCUUACACACGCGAAUUGAGGAGUGGAUGUGUAAGAUGUUCGAGUGGCAUGGUCCUGGGGUUGAUUGGGUUAUCGAGACCGAUCCCCUGAUUGCCCCCCAUUGCAAGCAGCUGGUUCUCUUGCUAGAGGAGAGGGACAGAUUGGGUGUUGAACUGAAGGAAACUCAGAAGGAUGAAGGUGUGAAAACAGCAUCUGUUCUUACGGCCUAUGCCAAGAUGUCGGAAAAACUAGGGGAAAUGGUUGGAAAACUGAAUGAAAAUGAAGCAGGGUUGGAAGCCCGAAAAGAAUCUUUGAACACUUGGAAAGAGGGCAAACUUGAAGUGAUCCAAUCCAGUACCAAAGAAGUUCAACAUCGGGUGAGCAUGGUAAACUUGGAGAUCCGAAAGCGCAUGGAUAUGAUCAUCGAUGCCGCCCAGCAUGAACCAGAUGUGGUUCAUGUGGAUGAAGAUCCACUGAUGGAAGAGCUCGAGCAGUUGAUGUCGAAUUGCCCCACCCCUUCUGGGGACAAUGGCCCUUGGCUGAACUCCAAGACUUUGAUUUUGGGGGAAGAAGCUUCGCCUAGCCCGCAACCUCAAGAUGCCCAGACUCAAAGGUCCUUGCCAACGACCCCAGAAAGUAAAACGAAAGCUGAUGAGACCAUGGGAGAUGGAGAGCUUAAAGUUGAACAAACUGAACCCGAUGGUGGUGCCCCCAAGCAAGUGGAAAUGACCCAGCCAACCCCGGAAGAGACAGCAUUGAAGCACAUCAAUGGCAUGGAGGAUGGUCCCAUGAAAUCAGCUCUGCUUGCUUUGUGCGAAGCUUCAGUUUCCAAGGCAUUGUCUUCGGCCUCGUCGGACCUGCCAAGAGAGGCAGUGAGAGCAGCGGUCAAGGUGAUGGAGAGGCAGAGCAUCACCUCAAUGAUGAUGGUGCUGAGCUUCAACCAGAUGGAACUUAUCUGUAUCAGGGCCCCAAUGGGAGGAUGGAGACAUGGUCGCAACGCUGUGCGCGUUUGCGACACAAUGAGAAGGUCCAAGGAAGAGAAGAAGAGAGGUUGCUACGUCAUGAAAGACAAAACAUGGCUCGUAGAGAAAUAUGGGUUAACUGCAGCAGAAACGAUCAUCGAAAACAAGAAGCAGCUCCAAGCCCAAAAGAAACCACAUGAACCGAACUAUGUAAUGGACAACCCCGACAUCCCAGGGAAGGAUCAUGCCCUGUACAGGGUCUUCGAUUCGCUAUCUUUUGAGAAUGAAGAGAAGAACCAAUGGGAGACAGGAGUGACCAUGAAUGGUGAUUUCUCGGAGGAACAAUCCCUAGAGCUAGGGCCAUCUAUGCUUCAGGGAGCUAAGCAGUUUGGCUUAUUCGGCAAUACUGGAUCCAGUGGUGAUGCGCCUGAUCCUCGCAACACCCGUGAACUUGGGAAUGGCAAGCCUGGAGAUCAGCACAGAGACAAGAAACCCAAGAAACCUGAUCCUCCCAAGCCCGCGAAAGCGAAGGGGAAAGCGAAAGCUGCCCCAAAAGCUGCCCCGUGCCUCCUUAUCUGUGAGAUCUCGGUGCCAAAAGUUCACUUCCAGAUCCUUGGCGGCCAGCUCCUGCGGAUCAUCAAAGACAUCCCCGCUGUAUAG